GGGCGUAACAGACGCGUUGGAUGUAACAUGGAGCAUAAUUUUGAAGUGGAAUCGUCUGCAAGUUAUGUCACGGGAUUAAAAGACGAACUCGUCAUUCGAGAGAUUAGGCAAAGUUUACAUUGCAUGACGUGAUUGUCAUUGUUGCCGACGAUAAAAAGAAAUCUUUCGGCCGACGUCGCGAGCGAGCGAGCAUGCCGAGCAUGUGGGUAUUUGGUUAUGGUUCUUUAAUAUGGAAAGCAGAUUUUCCAUAUGAGAAAAAGCUCGUCGGCUAUAUCAAGGGAUACAUCAGGCGUUUUUAUCAAAAGAGUACCGAUCAUAGAGGCGUGCCCAAUAGGCCUGGACGUGUAGUGACGUUGCUCGCCUCUAGUAAUCCCGACGACCAAGUAUGGGGACUCGCAUACAAGAUAUCUUCUGAGAAUAUAGAAAAUGUAGUCAAUCAUUUGGAUUUCCGGGAGAAAGGUGGCUAUAUAAAAAAAACCGUCCUCUUUUAUCCCUGUGAUUUUUCCAAGUCUACCCAAAGUGGUUCAAAUGCCAAUGUGUCUUUGAAUGAUCUCUCGAGGAUGACCUUUUCAACGGCAUCACUUUCAACUACAUUGGAUGAAGCUCCAUUCUACCUUACUAUUUAUAUAGGUGAAGAAGAUAAUCCAAAUUUCGCUGGUAUGGAGAACGUAGAUACCAUUGCGAGACACAUAAUUGUUUCACGUGGCAUCAGUGGAUCUAAUAUAGAAUAUCUUUAUAAACUGGCAUCCGCGAUGCGCACGAUAGCCCCUGGCGUACAAGACGAACAUCUGUUUGCCUUAGAAAGAGCUGUAAAAGAAUUGGAGCAGCAGAAAGAAGAGUCAUUGGAAUUUGAUCAAUUUUCAUAAAACAAUAGUUGUAUUAAUAUAAGAAAAUAUAGCCAAUUGUGUCAUCAGUCGAUAUAACGAACUAUCUGAAUAUUUAUUUUAUUUAAUUUUUUUCUUUCUCUCUGUUUAGAGAUCUUCUGAUUAAGAUUGUAUUUAUGUAGUAAACUUAUUAGAUGUAAUACGAAAUGUUUUGAUUAAGAAGUUUUUAUCACAGCGAAUCUCGAGACUAUUGAUGCAAUUGGCUGAGAACUAAAGAGACGAAACUUUUUUGCACUGACCAAAAUAAUAGCAAAAUGAUAAUAUUCCCGUAUAGUUAG